GCGACGCCCAUUUACUUCAAAUCCCAAUCAAUGGUGUCCUGCAGCGUUGCUGUGUCGACGUACUACAACGCGGAAGGAAGUAUCAUGCCAUCUUCGACCAAGUUUUCCCUGCAAUUUCCUUCCUUGCCAUCCGGAUUACCGAAGGAUAGUGAAAACGAUGCACUAGCGGACGGUGAUUGCUGCGUUCAGUGCUCCCAGUGCCACCAGACGGUUCAGGGUAUCGAGGCGCUGAAAGAACACAUUCAGCUUAAUCACAGCAGCAGUCCGGACGGUCCGAGGGCAAAGUUCUCGCGCGAUACAACCGAACCGGACGGCGACGACGACGACGACGACGACGAAGAAGCGGACGACGGUGACGACCACGCCGACAACAUUAUGGCGGAAGAGGACGAACAUCACGUCGAUCCGGACCCGGCCUCACCGCCACCAGCCACACCACCAGAGCCACCGGUGACCAGUGCGGUCGGUAGCCGUGCCAGUGGCGAUCUGAUCGGUAGCCGUCUGCAAGCGAAAUGCGUCAGCCUGCUCCAGCUGCAGCAGCAAAAGCAUCAAGCGUCGGUAAAGGCGCUGAACGAUGACGAGCCGGAGGAGGAGGAGGACGACGAGCCGGAGGUACCGUCCGGUGCGAUGCCGCGAGAUCUACUUAUGGCCGGUUUGGCACCGCAAACCGUACCGGCCAACCUGCCGUACGGUCCACGUUCCAUGGUGAUUAGCCCGGCCCAGGACGGCAGCAGCAAUUCCAGCAGCGGUCCCAGCUUACCGACCGGCGGCACAGUAAAGGACACCGAACUAGCGGUGUACGACUGUUCCCAGUGUCCGACCACAUUCACCAGCCGGGAUCAGCUGGAACGGCACGAGCUGCAUCACCCACCAUCGGCGGAUGCGAGUUGCAAGGUGUGCCACAAACCCUUUGCCAACGUUUACCGACUCCAGCGCCACAUGAUCUCCCACGACGAAUCGUUGCAGCGGCGCAAGUUCAAAUGCAACGAAUGUGAUAAAGCGUUCAAAUUCAAGCACCAUCUGAAGGAGCACAAGCGCAUCCAUUCGGGCGAGAAACCGUUUGUCUGUCCGAACUGUGGCAAGCGCUUCUCGCACUCCGGCUCCUACUCGAGUCACAUGACCUCGAAGAAGUGCAUCAACAUGGGCAUUCGGCUCAACCACAACAACAACAACAAUAAUAACAGCAGCAGCCACAACAACAAUAACAACACCAGCCACAACAAUAACAGUUCCAAUAAUAGUGGCAGUGGCAGUGAUAGCAAUCACCGGUCACCACAGUAUCCUUUCCACGGUGGUAACGGGCUGACGGGGCUCCCGAACGGGCAUGCCAUAGGCACCGGUGGGCUUGGCCGUUCGCCCAUUAGCCUGCGGCCCCAGCACGGUGUCGGUGCGCUGCAUCGCGAGCUCGACAUUGCUAGCCGGCUCGGGCUGGUCACCUCACCGUCACCAACGUCCUCCUGCUCGUCGGCGACCAAGCACGAGCUGGACGCGAUCGGACAGCCGGGUGUGGAUGCACUGCUGUUCAGCAAGAUACAGCACGCGUCCCUGCUCGCCUACUCGUUCGCCAUGCUCGAUCCGAACAUGUUGCGUCUGUUUGACUUCUCAGCCGCCGCCCAGCACCAGCAGCAACAAUCGUCGGCCAGCAGCGAAGCGCACGAACCGAUGGACGAUGGGCAGCAGCGAAGCGCUUCACCGACAGCGGAUGAGGACGUGCAGCGGCAGCGGCCCGAAUCGGCGAAACGACCAGCGUCCUCGUCUAUCGAUGUUGUUACGAUGGUACCAGACACGGUCGACCCAACCCUGCAACCUAACCCGUCCGGCACAGAGCGUAUGGAAGUUGAUGAUGAGCAGGAUGAGAGCUGCGCCGUGGAGAAGGUAGAGGUAGUGAUGGCAUCCGAUCCUGACAGCGUACAACCUCAACCUACCACCUUCCACGAUGAGGGAGACGUGCGGAAAGCUGGUGAUCAGAUGCAGAAAGCUAGCAUCGCUACUAGCAAUAACCACACCAGUGAACGGAGCGAAGCAUCUCAGCAGCCACCGAAAGCCGAUCAACACGUGGACGAUGACAUCGAAAGCAAGCCAUUGCUUCCGAAGCAAGAACCCGUAGAGGAAGUAGUACAGGAUUCCAUACGUUCCAGCGCAGUGGUAACAACGCACCACGAGUCGCCAUCUGAUGCCACCGCCGGCAAACCGAUCGUGAAAGACGAACCGUCCGAGGAGGAGAUCGGUGUCGAGCAGAUGGAAAUGGCCGAGCUGAAGCUAACCGAACGUGACGAGCGUGUACAGUUUUCUUCGCCCUCCGCCACGUCCUCACACUCACCGUCGGUUUCCGGAUCUCCGCUGCACUGUCUCUAUUGCAGCGAGGAGUUUGCGACCGAGCCCGAAAUGUUGCAGCACGCGCGAAUGUUCUGCAAACGCUCGCUGCUGCUCAACCCGUUCGUGCAUGCGUCGGGCCCACUGUCACAGGCAACCGCGAACGGUACUACGAUCGGCAGUAGCACUAGCGGCAACAGUAGCAGUAGUUGCAGCGAGGACGACACCGACUACGACACGGUCGCACUCAAGGGUGACUGUGGUGUAGGUGCGUACGGACUGCACGGCAGUGUGACCGGUGGAACUCUCGGUUUGGUAGGACCACACGGUGGUGCGGGAGGUGGUGGCAAGGUACGGGUGCGUACCUCCAUCUCCGAGGAGCAGCAGAACGAGCUGAAGAAGUACUACGCACGCAACAGUAAACCGAGCCGCGACGAGUUCCAGGCCAUCGCCCAACACGUCAAGAUGGAGGCGCGCGUCGUACAGGUGUGGUUCCAGAACAAUCGUUCGCGAGAGCGCAAGAUGGGUGCGGGUGUAGUGCGCCAGUAUCCCAGCCAGACGGCCCCGGUCGGUGGUCAAACGGUAGCAACGGUAGGAGCACCCAUCUCGCCGCUCCACGCCGAUAGUGCACCGUCGGUGGUCGUCACCGGCCAGGACACGGGCGAUCAACCGCUCGACCUAUCCGUAAAGAAGGGUCUGCUGACGGUAGGUGAGGCCCUGCUCAGUGCGGCCACCAAUUCGCAGGCUGCUGCAUCGGCACUUGCCGCCGGUACGCUGCCAGCCGUACUGCUCCAAGCAGACACCAUGUCCGCCCUGAACGAGGCGAUGAACCUCAGCAUCAAGACGUCCUGUUCGCCGACCGCCUACUUCUACCAUGACAUACAUCCAAUCCACGGCGUGACGGCCGGCACACAGUCCCACGGAACGGGUGGCAAUCCGCUGAAGCUCGGUCUGGGCACUGGUGUGCCACGGGACACACCCUCACCGCCGCAGGACGGUCGGGGUCAGCAUACGGCACAGUCCGCACCAGGACCGCCUCCACCGCACACGUUCGGCAAAUAUCCGCCAAUGCACGGUCUGCACCAUCCGCACCACCACCAUCCGGCCAACCUGACCAACAUGGAUCAGCUGCUCCGCCAGUUCUCACCGAAGCUAUCGGCAGCGGCUGCCGCCACCGGCGGCGUUAUGGCCGGACGGGGGAGCCUGAGUCCUGGUGCGCGUGACAUGCUACCAGAUGACAGUGCGUCCAAGUACUAUGCCGCCUUCCCGGACAAGAAGCACCUGCUGCAAUCGAUGCUGAACGUGCCGAAGCGAUUGGCCGGAGCUUACGGGCUCGGUGGAGGCAAUGGAGGGACCGGAGUUCCGGGUGGUAAGGAUGCCGGCGGUUCUCUUGCACAUCCGGCCCCGGACGCCGAGGGCCAGUACGUCUGUGAUCAGUGUGACAAGACGUUCAGCAAGCACAGCUCCCUGCAACGACACAAAUAUGAACAUUCAGGUCAACGUCCUUACAAGUGCAUGGAAUGUCCGAAAGCGUUCAAGCACAAGCAUCACCUAACCGAGCACAAGCGUCUGCACAGUGGUGAGAAACCGUUCCAGUGCUGCAAAUGUCUGAAGCGCUUCUCGCAUUCCGGCUCGUACAGCCAGCACAUGAACCAUCGCUACUCCUACUGCAAACCGUACAGGGAGGGCAAAUAAGGCAACGGCCUGGGGCGGGAUGUUCCGUCCCCCGGUGCUGGCCUUGCCCAACACGCUCCCUACGAACGCGAUCCUACCCAGCCCGCUUCCCAGCAUCCACGCGGACUCCGCCGGGGUCGGGGCGGUAGGCUUGCCCUCACAACCAACCAUGGAUACGCACGGUCCCGGCCAGCUGGUGAGCAGAAGCAACCAUAUCCUGGACCACCGCCCCCUCCACCCC